GGGCAGUGGUUGCCAUAGCGACCGGGCUGCUGAGGGAUAGAUUGACUAGUUAGGAACCAGCUCCUGUUAAGGGACUGGUCCUUGAGGUCUUGAAGAGGACUCAGCGCACUCCAUGGGACACCCACGGAGACCUCCAUACUCCGGGUAUUUAGAAGGACGUGAGGCUGUGGUUCUCCUCAAACAGACGAAACAUGUCCCAGAAAGUUGCUAACUCUAACAACCUUAUCCCGAGAGAAGACCUUGGCAAACCUGAUAAUCGUGCUGACAAAAUUCAGAAAGGUUUUACGGCUGCGUACCCAACUCAAUCGUCCAUCCCUUAUAGAUACAGGGCGUCAAUAGUCCCAGAAUCAGAAAAAAAGGGAUUUAACAGCCAAACCAGGAGAUUUUAUAGCAAAAAGGAUGACAUCCCGGGCCCUGGGUUCUACAAUGUCAUCCACCAGUCUCCAGUGUUCAACAGUGUCUCUCUUUCCAAGAGAGGAACCUGCACUUUUCCCUCCACGUGUGCCCGGCUGAGCCCCAUCAUUUCUAAAAAUCCUGCUGCAAACGCAUAUACCAUCCGGUCAGAGUUGGUUUCUAAGAAGGACUUCAGCAAUUCCUGUUCCAGUAUGUUUCAGCUGCCAAGCUUCAUGAAAGUGGAAAAAUCCGAAACCCCUGCCCCGAACUAUUACAAUGCCUCCAUCGCCUCCUGCAAACAGAAAAACAAUGUCUGCGCUCGAGCCGGGUUUCUAUCGAAAACGCCGAGAGGAUUCAUCCCGUCUGGGUCUGGAGGGCCAGCACCAGGGUAUUACAAUGUCAACGACUCCCUGGUGAAGCAAUCGCCAAGGUUCUUAAUAUCCUGCUUCAAAUCCAAAACUGGCCGUGGAUUAAAACAGACCUCACUAGGCCCAGGGCCUGGCUACUACAACCCAAACGAUCAAACCAAGAUUCUGAAAAGAUCUCACCUCCCGAAAACUACACUUCUGAACUUUUCUGCCCACCCUCUGCCUCUGCCCCCGAAGCCAUCUCUGCCUGGUCCUGGGCAGUAUGACAUUGUGAACUAUGAGGGACCCCCUAAGCACUUCAUCUCCAGUGCAUCGUUUGUGUCCAACACCAGCCGGUGGCCGAUGAUGUCGACCAAGCCCAACUUUCCAGGCCCAGCCACGUACAAGCCAGAGAUUCCAGGGAAGCAGUCCUUCCUCUACAAUGAAGACAACAAAUGGAUCCCUGCGGUCUAGUGACACCACAGGAGCAGAGGAAGAAGAAAGGCUCAACCCGCCAGACCCCCUGAUCCUGCUCCCUAGGACAUCUGUCAUCAGAACAUGCCUUUCCUCUGUGUCACCCCGCCCAGGGUCACAUACUGUCUGGAGCUGCCUUCCGGACACUGGCCACCCCCACCCCUCCCGUGACCCCUCUCACCACACGCAGAGCUCUCUGGCUACCUCUGUGGUAAGGCCUCUCGGAGUGCCAGUCUCCUGCCAGGACAGCCUGUGGUAAGUUAGAAGCAAGUCAGUCAGGGUGCUGAGGCCCUGCCCUCCAGAUUGUCCUUGUCUUCCGGGUGGCAGGAAGGCUCAGGGGUGCCUGCAGCAGAGGCACCUCUGCCCUCAGCUAUGCCUUGCCAUUACACAGCAAGAACAUGGAAACUAAUCAUGCAUCACUCAUCACACAUCAGCAGGCUAGGCAGAGCCUCUAGCUGGAGCAGGAGGCGUGGCACCACUGUCCCCAGGGCAGGGAGGACCUCUGGAUCCUCAGUCUUCGUGUUCUCACUUCCCAGACUUUGCCUCUGCCUGGUCUCUGUAGCCUUCCUGCCUUCCCAUUCCGAUUCUGGGUAGGAGGCGGUUACUAAGUUGGAUGGUGUCCCUGAUAGAUCAUGGCUUUCUGGAGAGCUCACCAAGAAGGGAGAUGAAAUGUGCCCCUCAUCUCUCCUGUUUCUCCCAUCCCCUUACAUCCUCUCCUAUCCCAGACAUUGAUAUUGCCUGCCACUUUCCUAAAUGGGAUCCUCCUAGGCUCCCCUUCCCUCCUCCAGCCCCAUUCCCUUCCACAACACCUGCCUGGGCUUCUCUCCUUCCAAGGCCCCUCCUUGAUAUUUUCUGAGAACUCUGCCUCCUGGGCUUCCCGUCUAGACUGGCUGCCUGAUUGUCUCUCUUCCUGGGGUGAGGGCUGGGGUAGGACAUGAGAAAAGAGAAAGAAACAGAGUCAAUUAAAUGGAAUUCUUGCUUCUCACAGAA